AUGCCAGGAAUAGGAAGAGAAGUAGCAGAUUUGAUGGGCAGAAGAAAAAUGGGCGUGUUGUGUAUUCAGGAGACUAGGAGUAAAGGAAAUAAAGCCACAGAGCUGAGAGGGGAGUAUGAAGGAACAAUAAUCGAUGGGGAUUUUAACGGUCACAUAUGGACAAAUAAUGAAUUUAUCGCGGGAGUGCGUGGGGGAUUCGGCAGUGGACACAGAGACGGUGAAGGAGAAAAAGUAAUUGACUUUGCUUUGGUAUAUGACUUAGCAAUUUCCAAUACCUUUUUCAAGAAAGACUACAACGAGUAUAAAAGCGGCGGAAGAGAGACACAGAUUGAUUUUAUUUUGUAUAGAAGGAGGAAACUGAAUGAAGUGAAAAUUUGCAAGGUUAUCAAGAGGAAAAGUGUUUGUAGACAUCACGUGGUUAUAGUAGAGUUCAAGAUAAAACAGGAGGAAAGUGAGCGGAUUACCGUGCGACCAGAAAAUGAGUUAAAGUGUACAGAAUUGUUGAUAUCUGCAGUAGAGACCUGGCCAGAGAGGAAAGCGCAGGUGAAGAGGAUGAAUGUAACAGAGAUGCGCAUGCUAAAGUGGAUGUGUGGGAUUACAUUGAACGAUAAGAUCAGGAAUGAAACGAUAAGGAGAGACCUCGUAAAAGAUAUAGGGAAGAAGGUUGCAAUGAUAUGGACAUGUGUUGAGGGAGCAAUGAGCAUGAUGCUGGAGAGAAAACGAGGAAGACCAAGGAUAAGAUAA